GGCAGUGUGCGGCUCAGCCCCUCGCCCUGGGCACCCUCAGCGGGAGGGCGUUCCCUGUAGCCUCCACCCGGGCGCCAUCGCGGUUGCCCCCGUCGUUGUUGCUGGGGACCGACCUCCCAGCGACUAUGUGCCCAGGCGCCGGGAGGGAGUUUUGAAGGGUCCUUUCGAAAGAAGGAAGUUUACGGCGAAGUUGCAUCAGCGACACAACUUGCAGUCUCAAGUGCUGACGGGACAGUAACUUCUCAACAAGUUCACCUUCUUGAAUUCCUAAAACCAGACCACAUCUCUCAUCACUGGGCUGCUUUCCUGCUGUCUAACCAUGCAGCGGAGAUCAAGAGGAAUUAAUACUGGGCUCCUUCUGCUCUUUUCUCAAAUCUUCCAAGUUGGGAUCAACAAUAUCCCACCCGUCACCUUAGCAACUUUGGCUGUCAACAUCUGGUUCUUCUUGAAUCCUCUGAAGCCACUGUAUAACUCUUGCCUUAGCGUGGAGAAGUGUUACCAGCAAAAAGACUGGCAGCGUUUGUUGCUUUCUCCCCUUCACCAUGCUGACGAUUGGCAUUUGUAUUUUAACAUGGUGUCCAUGUUGUGGAAAGGAAUAAAUCUGGAGAGAAGACUAGGAAGCAGAUGGUUUGCCUACAUCCUCACCACAUUCUCCUUGCUCACUGGGGUGGUAUAUUUGCUCCUACAAGUAGCUUGUGCUGAAUUCAUGGAUGAGCCUGACUUCAGAAGGAACUGUGCUGUAGGUUUCUCAGGAGUUUUGUUUGCGUUGAAAGUUCUUAACAACCAUUACUGCCCUGGAGGCUUUGUCAACGUUUUGGGCUUUCCUGUACCCAACAAACUUGCUUGUUGGGCAGAACUUUUGGCUAUUCAUUUCUUCUCACCAGGGACCUCCUUUGCAGGGCAUCUGGCUGGGAUCCUCGUUGGACUAAUGUACACUCAUGGGCCUCUGAAGAAAAUCAUGGAAACAUGUGCAGGCCUAUUUUCUUCUAAUGGUGGAUACCCAGGACAGCAGUACUACUUUAAUAGUUCAGGCCACUCUGGCUAUCAAAAUCAUCAUCCGUACAGCAGUGCAGAGUACAGUGAAGAGCCUAGAAACUAUGAUGUGUACACAGCGGGCCUGAGUGAAGAGGAGCAGCUGGAGAGAGCGCUAAGAGCCAGCCUCAGGGACCGAGGAAAUAGCAGACCACCACUGUACGGGUUUCAUCUCUCCCCAGAAGAAAUGAGGAGACAACGGCUUUACAGAUUUGAUGGCCAGUGAGGUGGCUUCUUGGAAAGACAUGGCCCAGUUGUGUCACCGCUGCCCAUUUGGUUCACUCCCCAAGCCUCUGAUUAGUUUUAAACAAAAGCAGAGUGCACAGUUCUCAUCCCAUAUCGCUCCUACCUGCCAUGGACCCUCACUCUGUGGCCCCUAGGAGUCCAGACUCGCGCCCGCCCACUGGAUGGAAUGUCUGGAAGCCAGGCUUAUUAAAACCAGCGCACAGCCCUCUGAAAGUGGCCAGUCUCCUGGCCUUGUUCUGUACCAAACAGAAGACCACUUCCUUGGUGUCGGGACCAGUUUCUACACUCCUUUACCUGCCUCCUUCCUACUCAGGGUGCUUUCACAUUGUUUUGAUUCUGAAGACCGUGAUUCACCAGGAGGUGCUGUUUUCACCAGUUUGAUCAGCCCCUCCUUCAGCCCAUGCUGGAUGCUUGACUUGGCAGGAGGUGAGGCACCGUCCCCUCAUCCUCCUGGCACGUUGCCACGGUGACUGUCCAAAGGACCUGUGGCUGCCUUCCCAGGGUGCUGUUCUGUUCUCCUUCCCCCCGGCACCUCAGCUCCUCCUUAUAGUGUACUUGCUUUGCUCUCAUUCCUUUGCCCAGAGAAUGCUUUACUGCAGAAGCAUAAGGAAUGUCCAGUGUGGAAAUGAGGCCUCCAUGCUCCGCUAGGUAUCAGUAACACCAGCAGUUGUGGUGGCAGAGCCACCCCUCCAGGGGCAGUAGGUGGACCUGGGAGGCGUGGCAUUGAAUCCUCAGAACAGCAGCAGGCGCCACGUGCAGAGGAGAGCAGACAGGAGACUGGUCACUAGAAAUCCUCUCAGGAAGUAUUCUUUCCCUUAUAAACGCGCCUUUUAAUUGGCCGCUGUAAUAGCUGUUUGUCCUAGACAAGUGUCCAGAAUAUACCCCAGGGCCCUGCAGUAUUACAGUACACAGAUUAUCUGUCCCGGUCUUGUGAGGCAUUUCCUGGUUCUUGUGUUUCGUGAAUUAAAGGACAUAAUGUCACUAAUGUCUUGCUGUUAUGGAGGUUUGGUUAUUUGAGACAGGGUCUCAGCAUGUAGUUGAGACUGACCUUGAACUCACUAUGUAGC